AUGAACCAGUGGCUCUUUACACGAGAAGAGUUGAUGCAAGUACCGUCUAUUGUCAAUGAUGGAAUGACUGUUGCUGAUGAGCUGCGUAAGCGAGAGUUUGGCUCAGAACUAAUCCAGACCAUUGGGUGUCGCAUUGAACUACCUCAGAUCACAGUAGCAACUGCUUGCGUCUAUUUCCACCGCUUCUAUGCACGUGAAUCCUUUCGAACCUACGAUGCUACUAAUAUGGCAGCAACGUGUAUAUAUUUGGCAUGUAAGGUAGAGGAGUCUUCACGGAAAUUGACGGACGUUGUGGCAGCUCUGACGCAUGGUCGGUUUAAUCAGACAAAUCAUGCCCAAGAGAAGACCAAGUAUCAAACACGUUGCCGAGAUAUGAUUCUUGUGUACGAGACUAUAUUGCUAGAAACCCUGUGUUUUGAUUUAACAGUCGACAAUCCCCAUCAAUUGAUGAUUGAACUAGCAGAGGAGAUCAGAGCACCAGAUAAUGCAGUCCAGGCAGGGUGGACCUUUGCAAAUGACAGGUAUAGUAGAGUCUUCAUUGGUAAUACAAGGUUUUUACCGUUGAUAUGCUUGGAUAGUUUAAGGCGACCCAUCUGUUUGUUGUACGAUCCACAAAUGAUUGCUGUUGCGUGUCUAUUGAUGGGCUAUCAUAUAACAGAAGAGGACUUUCCUAUUGAUAAAGAUACCACAUGGGGUCAAACAUUACAUCAGGAUCCCGAACUCUUACACGGUAAAUACUGGGUAUACCGAGCUUAUAAGAUCAGCUCUAAUGUUAACUUUCUGUUGUAG